AUGAUGGAGCCCGCCAUUGAAGUCGGCGCCCGCCGCAAGACCUUCUUCCAGACGGCUCUGCCCGUCUUUGCUUGCGGUGCCGGUCUCUUCUCCGACGGCUACGUCAACAACGUCAUCGGUUCCGUCAACACCGUCCUCAAGCUCCAGUACGGCACCGUCUACACCUCGUCCAACGCCAGCAAGUAUGUGUCGGACAUUGCCUUUGUCGGCACCGUCGUUGGCCAGCUGCUGUUUGGCUUCCUGGCCGAUCGCUGGUCUCGCUCCAACUCGCUGCUCGUGUCCACCAUCAUCCUCAUUGUCUUCACUGCCUUGGCCACUGGCUCUUACUACCACGGCGACCCUGUUGGCAUGUUCAACAUGCUGACUGCUUGGCGAUUCUUUGUCGGCAUUGGCAUUGGAGGCGAGUAUCCUGCUGGUAGUGUUGGCUGUGCCGAGACGAGCGGCGAACUCUCGUCCGGCACCCGCAACCGCUGGUUCAUUCUCUUCACCAACACCAUGAUUGACUGGGGCUUUGUCAUUGGAGCCUUUGUUCCCUACGCUGUCGCCGCCGCUACCCACGACCAGCGCCUUAGCACCAUCUGGCGAACCUCUCUCGGAAUCGGUGUUGUUUUCCCUCUGAUUCUCUUCGCUCUUCGUCUGAGGCUCAAGGAGCCCGAGGAGUUCUCCAAGAACUCUAUGAGGCACAAGACUCCCUACCUGCUCAUCAUCCGCUUCUAUGGCUUCCGAUUGCUCGUCGUCAGCAUCGUCUGGUUCCUAUACGAUUUCUCUGCGUAUGCUUUCGGUAUCUACACCUCGUCCAUCCUAUCCGGCAUCUAUUCCGAUUCCGCUCCCCUCACCACCGUUUUUGGAUGGAACACUGUCAUCAACCUGUUCUAUAUCCCCGGAACCAUGAUCGGUGCCUUUGUUAGCGACUGGAUCGGUCCCAAGUAUACUCUCAUCAUUGGCGUUUCUCUGCAGGCCGUCGUCGGAUACAUCAUGGCGGGUGUCUACGACAAGAUCUCCAAGCACAUUGCUGCGUUCGCUGUCGUCUACGGCAUUUUCCUCAGUCUGGGAGAGCUUGGCCCUGGCAACAACAUUGGUCUCCUGGCCGCCAAGACCUGUGCCACUGGUGUUCGUGGUCGUUACUACGGUAUCGCCGCUGCCAUUGGCAAGAUUGGUGCCUUUGUCGGAACCUGGGUUUUCCCCCGCAUCGAGGCUGCUGGUGGUGAUGAUCCCACCAAGGUUGCCCAGUACCCCUUCUGGGUUGCCUCUUCGCUGGCUCUCCUGUCCGCUGCCAUUACCUUCUUCUUCAUUCCCAACGUCGGCCAGGACACCAUUACCGAGGAGGAUGCCAAGUUCAGAGAGUAUCUCGAGAGCCACGGCUGGGACACCACCCAGCUCGGCCUGGGCAAAUCCGACUCCGUCCCUACUUACAGCGAGGAGGAGCAUGCUGUGCAAAAGGGAGAGUAA